CCAGCUUGAUAUAACUACUACUACCAUUGCAUCUUAUAUACUGUUGCUUCGGCGACAUCGACAUCGAAACACGGCAUCGACUACACCAACCUCGACGAAACACACUAAUCUCGGCAUCGAAGAUCGAACAUGGCUUUUAAGCAACUCACCAUCGCGGGCCUUGCCCUGUUCGCCUCCUUCGGCAGCGCAGCCCCAGCAGUGAGCAGGAGGCAAGGCGGUGGAAGAUUCGACUUCGGUAACACCAAAGUUCGCGGCGUCAACUUGGGCGGCUGGUUCGUCCUCGAGCCAUGGAUCACGCCAUCCGUAUUUGAAGCGACACCCGACAACGUGGUUGAUGAAUAUACAUUUUGCGAGACAUUGGGCAGAGACGAAGCGCAAAGACGACUUCAAGAGCAUUGGAGUUCUUGGAUCGUCGAGGAUGAUUUCCGCCUCAUGGCGGCAUAUGGCUUGAACUUCGUACGUAUCCCGAUCGGUUACUGGUCCAUCUCUCCAGUGGAUGGGGACCCUUACGUGCAAGGAGCCUACGACUACUUGGGCGGAGCCUUGGACAACGCCAACAAAUACGGCCUCAAAGUCAUGGUGGACCUGCACGGCGCACCUGGCAGCCAGAACGGAUUCGACAACUCAGGUCGCCGUGGCGGCAUCCAAUGGACCCAAGGUGACAGCGUGGCGCAAACCAUCACCGCCCUGAACAAACUUCGCGACGACUUCUCCUCCCACCCCGCCCUGUCCUCCAUCGAGCUCCUCAACGAACCCAUGGGUCCCUCCCUGGACAUGAACGUCGUCCGACAAUUCUACAUGGACGGCUGGGGCAACCUCCGCGACUCGCCACAGGCCGUCGGCUUCCACGACGCCUUCAUCGGGGUGAACUCGUGGAACGACUGGGGCUCCGGCAUGGCCAACCUGCUGCUGGACACGCACCACUACGAGAUCUUCGACAACAACGCCGUGCGCAUGGGCAUCGAGGAGCACAUCGGCACGGCCUGCGGCUUCGGCGCGUCCAUGGCGACGAACAACAAGUGGACCAUCGCGGGCGAGUGGACGGGCGCGCAGACCGACUGCGCCAAGUGGCUGAAUGGUCGCGGCGUCGGGGCCCGUUACGACGGCACGUACAACAACAACGGCCAGGGCUCGACAUAUGUCGGGUCGUGUGAUGGCAAAUUCACCGGCACGGUGCAGGGGCUGGGUGAGGCGGAUCGGAAUAACAUUCGUUCGUACAUCCAGGCGCAGAUGGUCGGGUUUGAGAAGGCGGCCGGGUGGAUCUUUUGGACGUGGCGGACGGAGAGCGCUCCUGAAUGGGACUUCAAGGCGUUGGUUGAGGGCGGCAUCAUCGCACAGCCCCUCGAUGCUUUCGACCGAAGCAUUUGCGGUUAAAAGGCGAAAUUCGAGCUAGGGCACCUUUCACACACACAUACGAGGUUCCUUCUCAUCACCCGGAACAUCUCACUUUCACCAAACUUUACGAAUCUCACGACGAAAAAUGAUACCGACGAAAACAACAACAAUAACAAAAGAAACACGAAUAUCUCACGACGACUUUUUUUUUUGGAAGGAGGACAUAUUGCGAAUAUCUAUCUCUUACUACUACAGGUGGUGGUGGUGGUGCGAAGGGAGAAUAGAGAAAAACCCCCAUGUGAC